AUGUUGAGAGAAAGGGGUUUCGGGGUUCUUUUGAUUAUUGGAAUUGUGUUGAUCAGCAUUUACUUGGUUGAGGUUGAGGGGAAGGAGGUGAAGGCUUUUGAAACAAGUGAGAAUCUUGGCACUACAUCCAAUCAAUGGUCUAAUUCGGAUGAAAGCCUCUAUGGAGUUGGUUUAACGGGAAGAAAUGUGACUGUUAGUGGCGGCAAGGGUGGAGGAAAUUCAUCGGGUGAGGGCCACGGAGGCGGCGGUGGUGGUGGGGUAAGAAAGAAAGAUGUAAAACAUAAUAAAAAACAUAAAAAUAAGCAGAAACGGGCGGGGGAGGCGGCGGAGGCGGCAAUGGCGGUGGGUGGAGGCGGCGGUGGCAAUGGCGGUGGUGGAGGAGGGGGAGGCGGCAGUGGUGGUGGAGGUGGCGGCGGAGGGGGAAAUGGAAGAGGCUUAGGAUGGGGAGAGGGCAGUGGAGGUGUGGCGGCGGUGGAGGGGGAGGAGGUGAGGUGGUGGCGGUGA